UACAAGCUGCUUUUAUUUAGAGCUGUGUGUGUAUUUACAGCUCUACACUGCAGAGAAAUCUUCCAAUGUGUUAAUUUGGAACGGAGAUAACUCGAGAGAAUGGCGGAAGAAUCUGAGAAAAGGUUUGAAGCCGUGAUGAAGAAGCUGUUUCAUGCUCCUACGAAAUCUCGACAAGAAUCUAACAACGCUGCUGGCCAAGGGAGUCAGAAAUUAGGUAGCCGAAAGCGCCUGCACCCAUCUUCAGCGGGAACAAAAUCGGCGAAAAAUGCGUUCGAUGAUUCACCGGACUUCUUGUUAAAUUCGACUGUAUCAGUUACUGCGCCGCAGUGCCGGCCUUGGGACCGUAAUGAUUUGUUUAGGAGGUUAGCCACUUUCAAGUCGAUGACCUGGUUUGCCAAACCACAGGUUGUCAGCCCUUUGGAAUGUGCCAGGAGGGGUUGGGUUAACAUUGAUGCGGACACAAUUUCUUGUACCUCGUGUGAUGCUCGCCUACUGUUUUCUACUCCAUUUGCUUGGACACAUCAACAAGUUGGAAAAGCUGCCAUGGUAUUCAGCUUGAAGCUGGAAAGCGGGCAUAAAUUACUAUGUCCUUGGAUUAAUAACAUUUGUACAGAAGAACUUGCUCGGUUUCCAAUUUUGUCAUCAGACUCGUUGAUAGAGGAUUAUAAGAAACGCUUCUUGUCACUUUCGCACCUAUUAGCACUUCCAGUUAUCUUACCUGCAGCCAUAGCAUGUUUGAGAAGCUCUCAGUUGGAGCACUUUUUAAGAGAAUGUCCAACUUCAGGGGUUAACACACCUCAUGAACAGUCUAUGGCAGAGCUCGCAGAAGAUGUACCAAAGUCAACUUCUUCCAUCUCCUACUAUCAGGCUCAGAAGAUGAUAAGCUUAUUUGGCUGGGAACCUCAUGUUUUGCCAUAUAGAGUUGACUUCAAGGAUGGAAAAAAUCAGUCUUUGAAAGAUGGCAAUGUAACAGUUACAGAGGGAGAAAAGAAAAAAGUUAGUAUCUAUUCUUUGUGUACUAGUGAGAGCACAAAAACUUCUAGUGAAAUGCAGUUUGAUCCUGGCUGUGUUGUUCUAGAUUGCAAGCUUUGUGGGGCAAGUGUUGGACUAUGGGCUUUCUCUACCAUUCCACGGCCCCUGGAGUAUUUAAGGUUUGUUGGGCCUACAGUUGUUAAGGGUAAAAGUACCUCUAUCCCGCUCAAUGCGGAAGAAGGUUCUUCCAGCAAUCAUAUGCAUAUUGGAAAUAAUGAAGGUAUCGCAAAUGCUGUUACCACUGAUUCAGCAUCAUUAGGUUUUUCAAUUGCAGGUGGCCUUCCACCUGCUCUGCUGAAUUAUGAUGCCACCAUAUCUUUACCAGUUGUUGGUGAGAACUUGAGAGCAAGAUUUCCUUUGGAAAUUGAAAAUGAGGAUCACUUGGCCAUUCAUAAGUCAUCAGAGAUGUUGGAUCAGCAAACUUCAAUAGAGAGUGCAAAUGUCUCUGGGGAAGGAACCCCUAUACUGGCGACAGAUUUAAUUCCCAAAAUCCUGUUAGACACUCCUCAGACGGGUGGAGACAGUUCUGUUGUCAAUGUAAACUUGACUGAGACAGCUACAACAGUUAAUACCACAGCUACGGAUGAUAUCCUAGUUGCUCAGGGUGGAGACACUGAGCCCAACAGACAAGAGUUGAAUGAGGCUCAAAGUGAACAAGGCCGAAACAUUGGAGGGGAGGAUAAAAUACUACCAUCCUAUCCCAACUUGAAGGAAUUUGAUCCAAUCAAGCAGCACAGGCACUUCUGCCCAUGGAUCUUUUUGGCUGGCAAAUAUUCUCCUGGAUGGCAACAGACUCUAACUGCUUUAGGAAAGGAAAAUGAGCCCAAAGACGUCUCUUCAUCUUCCUUAAUUGAGGUGGAUGAUCCGGUUGCUUCUGUAGAAAAAUUAUUCACACCUUCAAGCAAGAAAAGAGCGAAGAUCUCUGGUGGAAGCUAAGUACAUGACAUCGGUGAAGGUAUCAAUCUGAACCACUGUGCUGACUCGACAGUUUUUACAGUUUUUUCGACUAUUUCCUUCCCCACCCCAUUCUAUGGAGGCAGUAAAACAUUGUACUGUAAAGGCGAGUUGAAAUUUUUAUUCAAUGGGGAAUUUUGCCCUCACCUUCUUUUGGAUCGUA